AUGAACGUGCCUCGUCAUGCUGCAAAACUAUCUCUACGCGCACGCUCGGGGUCUAGUCCCGCGCCUGUAGCUUCGACGUCUAGGGUACCGAUCUGCCAGCGCGUUGCGACAGCACGGCAGUUUAGCAGCAAACCAGAGGGUCGGGGUUCAAGAGGCUCUGACGCUGGUUCUGAUUUGCUGAGCCUGCUCGAUCGUGCACGAGACGCGCGUCAUAACCCUACACCAUCGCCACAAUCUUCUUCACAAGGCGGCUGGUGGGACCAGAUUCUCUCCGACCUGGACACCGAAGCCACCGAAUCCUUUCGCAGCGCCACACCUAUCUCGCGCAAACAAAUGAAGGCAUCCAACGCGCCUACGCCCCGGAGAGUCACGAUGACGGUCCGCGAGCAGCGUGCAGCAAACAAUAUGUUCAAUCAGAUUUUCAGCAGUAUGUCCGACACGCCGGCUGGAGGAGCAGACGGAGGAAUAGAGAAGACGGGGCUGAGCACGUACAUGGGUGCGCUUAGUCGGAGUAGGAGGGUUACGAGGCCUGGAGAGGAUCCGGAGUUGGAAGUUGAGCUGGAUAGGAUGAACGAGGCUAUCGACAAUGCAUUGUCGGACCAUGAGUUGUUGCAAUGGGCCGAGCGCGAGGUCUUCGCCCAGUCCUUCGAGCUGGCUGCUGCCGCCGACGCGCGCAUGAACUUGCCAAAGGAUGCGCGGGAUGACGGGCCACUGGCACCACUGCAAUCUGCGACGUACCCCCACGCCAUCGCAAAGCUCAUGCGCACUUUCCGGGACAAAUACCGCGAUCCUCACCUCGCACUCGCCGUCUUCGCGCAUGCACGCAGUCUCUCGAUAUACUCCUACGUCAUGGGCUGCACCACGGCCGCAUACAACGAGCUCAUCCAGACGCGCUGGGAAUGUUUCCGCGAUUUGCGCGGCGUAUACGAGGCGGUCCAGGAGAUGGCGUCGAAUAAAGUGCGCCGGGACAGUCGGACGGCGGCGCUCUGGGAGAACAUCAGGAGAGAGGUCGGAACGAGUGCGACGCAUAGCGAUGGGCUGUAUGAUAUCCUUGGGAGGAUAGACCAGAUGGUUGGGAAGGAUCCGGUGAGGAGGGAACGGUCGCUUCGGGGUGAGACAUUGGAGCAGAGGUUGGGUCGCGAGAAGAGGAUACGGAGACAUAAGCAGGGCGGAGGGCGGGAUUGGAAUGCGUGGAGGAAUCCGGCUGCGCUUGAAAGUCGCGAUGAGGAGGGUUUGGGGUUCGGAGAAUGGGAAAGGCCAGUAGAGAAAGAGGCGGCGUAA